GGCGGUAUUCAAAUAAACGGCGGGGCCGACGGUUGUGGGAACCUGUGUCGCCUUCCGCUGCCAUGCCGGGCACCGGGCGCUGAGGGACCCUUGGGCCCGGUGGGAGGAAUGGAGAAUCGGGAUGUGCCUCCAGGCCCUUAUCGGGCCACCAAGCUGUGGAAUGAAAUUACCACAUCUUUUCGAGUGGGAAUGCCCCUAAGAAAACAUAGGCAACACUUCAAAAAAUAUGGCAACUGUUUUACAGCAGGAGAAGCAGUGGACUGGCUUUAUGACCUAUUAAGAACUAAUAGCAAUUUUGGUCCUGAAGUUACAAGGCAACAGACUAUCCAGCUAUUGAGAAAAUUUCUUAAGAAUCAUGUAAUUGAAGAUAUCAAAGGCAAAUGGGGGACAGAAAAUCUUGAUGACAACAGUCAGCUAUUCAGAUUUCCUACAAGUUCUCCACUUAAAACUCUUCCACGAAGACAUCCAGAAUUGAGAAAAAACAGCAUAGAGAAUUUUUCCAAAGAUAAAGAUAGUAUUUUUAAAUUGCGAGACUUAUCUCGAAGAACUCCUAAAAAACAUGGACUACAUUUCUGUCAGGAAAAUGCAGAGAAAAUGAACUGUGAAAUAAUCGAUGAAGAUCAAGAAAAUUUAGCUGAUAACAGAGAAAUAAGCCAGAAAGAUGUUGAAGAAGUUUGGAGAUAUGUUAUUCUGAUCUACCUGCAAACCAUUCUAGGUGUAUCCUCCCUAGAAGAAGUCAUAAAUCCCAAACAAGUUAUUCCUCAGUAUAUAAUGUACAACAUGACCAAUACAAGUAAACAUGGAGUAGUUAUACUGCAAGACAAAUCAGAUGAUCUUCCUCACUGGGUACUAUCUGCCAUGAAGUGCCUAGCAAAUUGGCCAAGAAGUAAUGACAUGAAUAAUCCAACUUAUAUUGGAUUUGAGCGAGAUGUAUUCAGAACAAUUGCAGAUUAUUUUCUAGAUCUCCCUGAACCUCUACUUACCUUUGAAUAUUAUGAAUUAUUUGUGAACAUUUUGGUUGUUUGUGGCUACGUCACAGUUUCAGAUAGACCCAGUGGGAUACAUAAAAUCCAAGAUGAUCCACAGUCUUCAAAAAUUCUUCAUUUAAACAAUCUGAAUUCCUUCAAAUCAACUGAGUGUCUUCUUCUCAGUCUUCUUCAUAAAGACAAAACAAAAGAAGAAUCAGAUACUACUGAGAGACUGCAGAUAAGUGAUCAAGGAUUUCAAGAAAAAUAUGCUAAGAAAAUGCAGCUAGUUCAUUUAAAAAACAGAAGAGCCAGUGCUAAUGACAUAAUGGGAGGAAGUUGUCAUAAUUUAGUAGGCUUACGUAGAAUGCAUGUUCUAUCCUCUAACAUCAAACCAAGGUGCUAUUCAUUAGAAGGAAUUGUAGAUUUACCAGGGAGUUCAAGUAAAGAGGUCUCCAGUGUCUUCCAUCAAUCUGUUCUGAACAUAGAAGGACAAAAUAAUAAGCAAUCUUUAGAGUCUGAGACCAAACAGGAAUCCCUGAUGAAUCUUCAUUCAGAGGAAAGUAUUCAAAAGCCAUUCUCUGUUGGUUAUAAGAGAACCUCCACUUUGACCAUUCAAGACCAAGAGGAGUUAUAUAAUGGAAAGUGCAAACCAAAACAGCUUUGUAGAUCUCAGAGUUUACUUUUAAGAAGUAGUACAAGAAGGAAUAGUUAUAUUAAUAUGCCAGUGGCUGAAAUUAUCAUGAAACCAAAUCUUGGACAAGGCAGCACCAGUGUGCAAACAGCUAUGGAAGGUGAACUCGGAGAGUCUAGUACCACAAUCAAUAAAAGACUCUGCAAAAGCACAAUAGAACUUUCAGAAAACUCUUUACCUCCAGCUUCUUCUAUGUUGACUGGCACACAAAGUUUGCUGCAACCUCAUUUAGAGAGGGUUGCCAUCGAUGCACUGCAGUUAUGUUGUUUGUUACUUCCCCCACCAAAUCGUAGAAAGCUUCAACUUUUAAUGCGCAUGAUUUCUCGAAUGAGUCAAAAUGUUGAUAUGCCCCAACUUCAUGAUGCAAUGGGUACAAGAUCACUGAUGAUACACACUUUUUCUCGGAGUGUAUUACGCUGUGCUGAAGAAGUAGAUCUUGAUGAGCUUCUUGCUGCAAGAUUAGUAUCUUUCUUGAUGGAUCAUCAACAGGAAAUUCUUCAAGUGCCUUCUUACCUACAGGCUGCAGUAGAGAAACAUCUUGACUACUUAAGAAAGGGCCAUAUUAAAAAUCCUGGAGAUGGAGUGAUUGCUCCUUUGCCAACGUAUUCAUACUGUAAGCAGAUCAGUGCUCAGGAGUUUGAUGAACAGAAAGUUUCUACCUCUCAAGCUGCAAUUGCAGAACUUUUAGAGAAUAUUAUUAAAAAUAAGAGUUUGCCUCUAAAGGAGAAAAGGAGAAAACUAAAACAGUUUCAGAAGGAAUAUCCCUUAAUAUAUCAGAAAAGAUUUCCAACCUCUGAAAGUGAAGCAGCACUUUUCAGUGACAAACCUACAAUCAAGCAACCAAUGCUAUUUUUAAGAAAACCAAAGUUUCGUAGUUUAAGAUACUAAUUGAAUUGAAAAUUAUGUAAUACUUCUAGAACUUUGGUAAGUGAAGCCAUAUGUAAGAAUUCAGGUACUAAAAAGGAAGUCUAUUUAUUAAUAAGGUUUUUUUUUUCCAUUUAUUUUUAUUAGUUGGAGGCUAAUUACUUUACAAUAUUGUAGUGGUUUUUGCCAUACAUUGACAUGAAUCAGCCAUGGAUUUACAUGUAUUCCCCAUCCCGAUCCCCCCUCCCACCUCCCUCUAGGUUUUUUUUUUUCAAUAAAACAUUAUAUAAGGAGGUGCCAAAUAGUUUUUAUCAAUGUGAAGCUGCUAAGAAACUAGUAGAUCUUAACUGAGAGCAAAUAACAAUAGGUGAUGCCAGGUAUUUUAACCAGAAAUGAUCUUUUGUUUUUUAUACAACUAUCUGGAAAAGUUAUCAUGAUGUGUGCUAAAACUGUAUUUACUUGAAUUUUGAAAACUGACAUUUGCUCAUCAAGAUUAAGCUGUAAUUCUGUUUAAAAAAAAAAACUUAUCUGCACAUGCUUAUGGAUGUUACUUAAAGAAAACUAGUUGUUUUGGUUGUUUAUAAUUACUUUUGUUUCUAAGUGCAAGAAUGUGAAGAAUAUUUGGAAACUUGAUGAAUUAAUUUUCAUCUACUAAAUAUUGCACUCUUAUCUAUUCUUUUUCUACUUUUUAUCUAUUUAUAUAUCUAUGUGUUUUUAAAAUAUGUAUAUAUAAGACUUGGAUUUGCCUUUAAUGUUUACCACAACUGCUUCAGUCAUUCAUUUUUUUCCAGUAAAUAUCUUUUGCAUUCUAAUUGUCAUGAAUCUAUAAGAAGGUAAAGAUAUGAAAGAAGUAGAAAGCAAUCAUAUGUUCAUUUAAAAGAUAUUUACUUAGCAACUUCUUUGUGCCUUUCAUUUUUCAAGAUGUGGGAAGAAAAUGAUGAAUAAAACAGAAAACCUCUUCCCCUAAAAUAUUUUCUAAUCAAGGAAAAUAUACCUAUUAUAUACUUAAAAUAACAGUACACCCCCUGAAAUCAAGUCAUGAGGAUUCAUUCCUACUGAAAACUAGCCUUUUUAAUGAUGAAACAGUUCUUUAAGCUAGUGUUUUUUAAAUUGGCGCAUAUUAGAAGCACCAGGAGAGUUUUAAAAAAUGCUCAGGUCCUACCUUAUAUUGAUUAAAUCAAAAUUUUAACGGAUAGUAUAUAGGCCUCUAUAUUUUUUAAACUCUCCAGGUGAAUCCAAUAUUCAGCCAACUUUGAGAAUCAGUGCCCUAAAUACUUUGUAUAAAUAAAAUGUCAAACUGGUAUCACAUUGGCUUUAUUAUUUCAUGGAAGAAAAUCCCAAGUGUAAGUUCCUGUCAUCUUGAUAGAAGGUUCUCCAAAUUUCUGCUUGACUGUCAGUACAAACUUGAAGCAAUUUUUUUUCCAAAUUUUUCUGAAGAUUAUUUGAUAUCUAUUUGGUAAGUGUAAAGAUAUAUAUACUGACUGGGAUGUAAUAGACAUCUAUUGUUCAAUGGUGGUUUUGAUUUCUCAGUGUAAUGUCAUACAGUAAAAUGAUAAUGUUCCAUUUGAGAUUAAUAUUUUUAUUAAAAAUAGGAACAGAAAAUAACAUAUCUUUUACCCAGAAACCUUAGCUAAAAAUAUUGAACCAAAUUAGAAUUCUUCCCAAGGUGUUUGUAGACUCAAAAUUUUCUUGUUUAAAGGUGUGUACUAGUGUGAAUUAUGUUGUGUAUUGUGAUUAAAAACUACUGUGGGUUUUGUAACAA